AUGGCUCCUGAUCCUACCUUGGAAAUCGUCGAGAGCUUCGUUCUCUUGUGGAUCAGCUCAGCGAUCAUCGCGCUCCGGAUGUGGGUACGAGUGGCUGCCGUUGGAUGGACAGGCCUUUGGGCUGACGACUGGAUAAUGAUCUUGGUAGUUUUGACCUAUUCCGCUCUGGCAGCGAGUACAUACGUCGCACUCGUAACGUGUAAGGGUCUUGCCAACGACGAUAUGUCUCCUGAUCAGCGCGAGUCUCUCGAUCCCCAAGGCGAAGAGUACACUCUAAGGGUUCUCGGUGCCAAAAUCGAGAUCGUAUCGAGGGUCUUGUAUACGGUGGUCCUGUGGUUGACGAAGGCAGCAAUGCUGGCAUUCUGCCGACGCCUUACCGAACGACUUGGAAAAUACAAAACACGAAUACGCGUCGGGUUUGCCUUACUCGCCGCCUCGUGGAUAGCCGACUUCCUCAUAACCAUGUUCAACUGUAGACCGUUCCCUAUGAAUUGGCAGGUAUAUCCAGACCCAGGACCUACGUGCUACCCGGCCACCGCCCCCUACGGCCUAUACGGCACUCUCAGUCUCAACAUUAUUACGAGCCUCUACGUCUUCUUCGUACCGCUCCCGAUCCUAUGGAUGGCAAAUAUCAAGCUAUGGAAGAAGAUAGGAUUGAUCUUGCUUGUUUCGGCGAACUGCUUCGUCAUAGCAGUGGCCAUCCUGCGCGCGUACUUAAUAUUGUCAGCGCACACAUCUGGCGCCAAACAGGCAAGCAGAUGGGCCUACCGAGUCUGUUUCGUAGCGGUAGUGACGACGAAUCUCCCCCUUCUAUUCCCCCUCCUACGCCGAUUGAUGCAUCCUGUAAUGAAAGAAAGUCGGAGCACACAGCAGCGGCAGAUCCGAACGAUCACGGUAUGGGAGCGCACAAGGGAGCGCACUAAAAUGCACACCCGUCGGCCGUCACGAAAAGAGUGGAACGCUGGAUUCUGCCCGGGGCUUUCUGAAGAUGGCCGUUUAACCGGGCUGCGAAGUAAUCUAGAUGCAGCUAUGUUCGAUACUGGGAUAGAUGUUGGAAGCUCAGAUAAUGUCUCUAGGUCGGGAAAACCUGGAGAUCAGCAUAGAGAAACGGUGUAG